AUGUGGCAGCCGCAUUUGGAGUAUCUCAAGGAGGAGCGCUACGAUCCCAUCGUGCCGGUUCAGCUUCGCAAAAUGCCGGCAAAGCCGAAGCGAAUCCGAAUCCUCGCGCACGAGGUGGCCCUGGAGCGUGGGGACACUUGGCAAGAGGGUGCUCAGCGCCGUGGCCUGCGGCUUUGGAACAAGAUGAAGCCUCCAGGCCCGCUGGGCGCUGGGCUCACAUGGCCAUUUCCCAAAGCAGGGGGUGGCCCUAAGGGUUUAGGGUUUAGGGUUUAG